UUGGCAGCGCUAAGAAGCGAUUUUUGUGUGGCUGGCUGGUUAGUCAGAGAAGCUGGGCAUAAAAUAUUGUACGUACGUACGAGAGCGCAGACGGAGCAGAUGUAACCUAAGAAGGUCGGUGUUUUGAAACGGAUACUCGACAGAUCUGCUGCUGAUGAGGUCGUGAGCGCUGGAAUGACUUGAACCACUGUCCAUGUUUGUGUGCGUUAGUCGUCGUUACCAAAGACUAUUACUUUGACAAGACGUUAUCUGUCAUAAAGCCGUACGAUUGGAUGUGUUUUUGCUUGUUUGAUUGAGUGCUGCUGGUGCAACUUUUUCCUCCAUCCGUCCGUCCGAGACAGCUGGACCGCAAUCGUUCCACACAUUUAUGAUCGACAGAUGUGGAGGACACAGUCAGCUGCAGCAGCAUGUUGAGAGUGACGCUCCCGCUUUUGUUGGCGGCGACGGCGGCCGUGCUUGUCUCGGCAACGUGUCCCACAGGCUGUGAGUGCGACGACGUCAAGCUGGUGGUGACAUGCAUGGCGGCCAACUUCAGCAUCGUGCCCAUCACCCUGAACCCGUCCAUCCAGCGGCUGAUCCUGCGGCAGAACAAAAUCCGCUCAGUCGAGGCCAGCAUCCAGUUUUACCCGCAGCUGCUGUACUUUGAUCUUUCCUACAACCACCUGCUCAACAUCCCCAACCGUACCUUCAAGUCGCAGGGCCGUCUGACCGAGCUGCACUUGACCAAGAAUAAAAUCACCGGCGUGUCGGCGCUGUCAUUUGCCGGCCUGGCCAGCCUGGUGGUGCUCAACCUGCGCGGCAACUUCAUCGAGGAGUUGGGUGCCGGCUCCUUCGCCUCCCUAACCAACCUGGAGGAGUUGGACCUGGGCCAGAACCGGCUCACGGUGGUGCACAGGGAUGCCUUCAAGGGGUUGACCAGCCUGUCCAUCCUGCACCUGGACGACAACCAGCUGCUCUCGGUGCCAACGGCCUGCUUCCUGCCGCUGGUCAACCUGGCCGAGCUCAGGGUCGGCCUGAACGCGUUCAACGCCUCCGUCUUGCCGGACGACGUCUUCCAGGGCCUGCCCAAGCUGAAUGUGCUGGACGUGUCCAGCUCCAACCUGGUGGCCAUCAGCAGCCACGCCUUCGCCGGUCUGCCCAUGCUGCGUACGCUCAGCCUGGCCGACAACCGGCUCGAAAGCGUGCCCAAGCAGGCGCUGUCGCAGUUAACGCGUUUGGAGGAGCUCAAGAUCGGACAGAACCCGAUCACCACCCUGAAGAACAAGGACUUCGCGGGCCUGCCUAAUUUGCGCACCCUCGAGGUGGUCGGCGCCGAGAAGCUAGAGCGGCUGGAGCAGGGCGUCUUCUCCGAGAACAAAAAUCUCGAGAACCUGCUGCUGGUGGGCAACAAGCAAUUGCGCGAGGUCGAGUCGGGCGCGCUCACCGGGCUGCCCAAACUACGCACCCUGGUGCUCAGGGACAACGCGUUCACCAGCUUUGCCGAGUCGAUGGUGAACUGGAGCGAGCUGCGCAAGCUGGACGUGUCCGAGAACCCGCUCGUAUGUUCGUGCUCGCUGGUGUGGCUGCAGCGGGUGCUGAUCGCCAGGGAGGACCCGGCCGUGGCGGCCAUCAACCCUGACGCCAGGUCGCUGCCCGUCGCCGGCCACGCGGCCGCCGCCAAUCAAGUGCUCUGCGACUCGCCGGCCCAAUUAAAAGAUAGAAGUCUCAGAUACUUGUCGGACGAGGAGCUGGGAUGCUCCAGCAAAGACUCGACACAGAUGGCAGUUUUGGGCGGAAUCAUCUUUGUGGUCCUGCUGGUCAUCUUAGUAGUUGUGUUCACCCUUCGCCGGUUCCGACGCAGAGUCCGAGACGCCCUCAAAGAUCCACCACGGUGGUUCCCCGCGCGGUCGGCGUCCGGCGCCGCCAUAGCUCGCAAGGAGCACGAGUAUCAAAAGCCAAUAUUUGCACUUUCGCAGGCUCAACUUGGCUGCGGCGACGAGGACUACAUGAUCCGCGCAGCGACUCUGGCGCCUGGCAACAUGCACCAUGGCUACGGACACAGCCUGAAGCCAAUUCCUGUAACUGAGCUCUAAGAGGGCGCCUCUCCCAAGUUGUGGUUGUGACUGAUUUUCAAAGAAGAAGGUUGUGCUCACACGCCCAGGCCCACCACCAAAAGCAGCUAAUCUGCAACAAACUGCGGCUUCUGCCUCUCUGUUACAAAAAGGGCGACGGCGUGCCUCAAUUGAGGCCGUCACCUAUAUGAAAAAAGAAACUAGUCUAAGAUUUGAAGAAUCUGCGAAAACUACAUACUUACAUACUUUAAAUGCUAAGUUGAUGGGCGCACAAUAUUUUGCCCGUAUAAUUUCCGUUUUGGUUUUUUCGUUGCCAGAAAGGAAAACAAAAUUGUAAAAAAAUCAGAUUUUAUUAGACAAACAGUCCAUAUCAAAAGUAGAAAGGAAAAUUGAGAUCCCAUAUCAGCCUAUUUUAAAUUUGUGUUUCCGGAGACAAUAGAUCUUGUUAUUUUAAAUCCUACAAAAAUGGCCAAUUCAACUCAAUCUUCCAAAACAAAGACAUAACUUUCUCACUAGUAAUAAUAUUGAUAAGUAUUAAUAAUCCACGGAAGCGAAACAAUCAUUUCUACUCUAUUAGUAGGGAACGAACUUUUAGCGUGAUAUUAAAUAGUAAAUUAUGAACGUGUUUAUUAUAUUGGGAAUUAGACGAAUUUGUGAUUUACUUGAUUCUUCCAGACACUACUUGAAUAUAAACGACACCCUGUCCCAAUUUGUAUAGUACGAUUGUAAGUCUAAAUUUCCUUUUUUUAAGUGCUGCAGAACAUUCCAUUUACGAAUUAUUCCGCAUCAAAAAGCUAAAAAAUGUUCCUUGAUAAAAAAGAACAAUAUUUAAAUCAAAUAAUUCAUAAAUCGAUAAAAAGUCUGUGUGGGCGCAUCUCAAACUUUUUUCUAAACAAGACAAAAUACCUUUUUAGACGUAGUGUUGUUUCUCAUAGUGCCAUCAUUGUGCGAGAUCAGGAGGUGCAAACAACUCACACACAGAAGGCUUUUACCGAUCAUACUUUCUGCCUUAAAUUCGACAGCAAUAAUCUUAAGCAACCGGAUAUGAUGCGAAAGUUCUUAUUUGGUAAACUGAUACUCUGUAAGCAACAUUGAUUGAUUGCUGCGUCAUAUAUAUAUAUAUAUAUUAAUUUAUGAACAUGAGUGAUCAUUAAAUUAAAAAGCUGGAAUUCCUCUGUAAACAAUUUGUGUUUUAUGCUCAACGAGCUGUUUGUCAUUGCCGAUUUCUAUCUUCACUGUGCGAGAAGCAUUUUCCAUUUCCAAAAGACACCAAAUGAGAGAAAUCUAAAAAGCUGUCGGUCUUUCUAGAGCAAUAAUUCUUUGCGCUGCCACAAGCUAUUGAUGAGAUGAGUUAAAAAUACUUUGGCCUGAUUUCAGCUUAUUCCUCGAAAGCAAUUAUCGUGAGGAAUACUUCAGUUUCUUCCAAAUACUGGAGUGUAAUUUUCUUAAGGAUAACAUCAGUGAAAAUAUUUCUCACUCGUUUCUUUGAAACAAAUUAAAAAAUUUAACCUUCUCAAAGAUUUUCGCUGAUGGUGUCCUUUGAUGUAAACCAUGGUGAUUGACUUGUUGAUCUCCUGUAUAAAAAUUGUAAAAAUCCAACACAAACUUUUCUGUUGGAUCCCCUCCAUUUCUUGACAAUUUGCUAUGCUACACACAUUUACUACUCGUACACACUAGGCUGGAACGCUGCCUUUUCAGUGGUCUAAUGCUUUCCAUAUAUUCUAAAUUGCUGUUUGCUACUAAAUCAUCAGAUUGACGUUUAAAUUUUGCAUAAUUAUCGUCGGCACAUAGGCGAGAGUGUAAUGUCAAAUCAGCUACAUUAAUAUUUGUGUAUCAAUUACUACUUGAAGUCGCGGAUAUUAUGCUUCUGAGCGCUACACAAAACAUCCACAUUGAGUACACAGGACACGAGUAAUAUAGUUCAACAGUCUGAUUACGUGAAUAAUAAUUAAUGUGGCCAAUCUCUGUCGGUAAUCAAUAGUGUCGUCCCAGUUUUGCAGAAGGUAAUACAAACGAGAAGCAUUCAAACUCUCAACAUACUGACAAUUUUUAUUUUCAAUAUAUAAAUGUGUACAGACUCAAUGGUUUUUUGUAAAUAAAAGAAGCAAUUAAAAGCCAGAGUUAAAAUAUAAUAAAAAAA